GGAGCCGAGGCUUGCGGCGGGACUCGGGGCGGCGAGCGCGACGCGGCCUAGAGCGGCAGACGGCGCAGUGGGGCCGAGGGAGAGGCGCGGCAGCCGCCCCUGCCCGUCAUGGAGAUGGAGAAGGAGUUCGAGCAGAUCGACAGAGCUGGGAGCUGGGCGGCCAUUUACCAGCACACCUGACCAGCUCCACUCUGGACCAAGCCAGCCACCUGCUCGUCUUUCCCUGGGCCCCUGCUCCUAAGUGCUGCUGGAGAAAAUCUUCCACUUGUGCAGAUGGACCCCCUAGGAAUCUGGAUAUCCGACAUGAAGCCAGUGACUUCCCAUGCAGAGUGGCCAAGCUUCCUAAGAACAAAAACCGAAACAGGUACAGAGACGUCAGUCCCUUUGAUCACAGUCGGAUUAAACUUCAUCAAGAAGAUAACGACUAUAUCAAUGCUAGUUUGAUAAAAAUGGAAGAAGCCCAAAGGAGUUACAUUCUCACCCAGGGCCCUCUACCCAACACCUGUGGCCACUUCUGGGAGAUGGUGUGGGAGCAGAAGAGCCGGGGCGUCGUCAUGCUCAACAGAGUGAUGGAGAAAGGAUCGUUAAAAUGUGCACAGUACUGGCCUCAGAAAGAAGAGAGAGAGAUGGUCUUUGAAGACACAAAUUUGAAAUUGACAUUGAUCUCGGAAGACAUUAAGUCCUAUUACACAGUACGACAGCUGGAAUUGGAAAACCUCUUGUCUCGAGAAACCCGAGAGAUCUUACAUUUCCACUACACCACGUGGCCUGACUUCGGAGUCCCCGAAUCGCCGGCCUCGUUUCUGAACUUUCUCUUCAAAGUCCGAGAGUCGGGCUCGCUCAGCCGUGAGCACGGCCCCAUCGUGGUUCACUGCAGCGCUGGCAUCGGCAGGUCAGGCACCUUCUGCCUGGCUGACACCUGCCUCUUGCUGAUGGACAAAAGGAAAGACCCUUCUUCUGUUGAUAUCAAGAAAGUUUUGUUAGAGAUGCGGAAAUUUCGGAUGGGACUGAUCCAGACAGCAGACCAGCUCCGCUUCUCCUACCUGGCUGUGAUCGAGGGCGCCAAGUUCAUCAUGGGAGACUCUUCGGUGCAGGAGCAAUGGAAAGAGCUCUCCCACGAGGAUCUGGAGCCCCCACCUGAGCACGUCCCCCCACCUCCCCGGCCCCCCAAGCGAGUCCUGGAGCCACACAACGGGAAGUGCAAAGAAUUCUUCCCCAACCAUCAGUGGGUAAAGGAUGACACUGAGGAGGAGGAUAAAGAAGACGGCCCCAUCCAGGAAGCAACCAGAGCCCCGUUAAACGCCCCCUGCAGCCUGGAGAGCGCGAGUCAAGACACUGAAGUCAGAAGGCGGGUCGUGGGCGCAGACCCUGCGCAGGGGGAGCCGUCGCUGCCUGCAGAGGAGCGAGACCAGCCGCUGAGCCACUGGAAGCCCUUCCUGGUCAACGUGUGCGUGGCCACGGUCCUCACGGCCGGCGCGUACCUCUGCUACAGGGUCUGUUUCCACUGACGGACGUGCUGGCCGGACCGCCUGCAGAGAGCCUGGCCUUUGCCCGGCGGCGGCGCUCAGUGCAGGGGGCGCGCUGAGCCUGUCCCAGAAGAAGCAGGCCAGAGGUUUUCAGAGUCUGGAACUGUGAAGGGCUAACGAGAGAGGACUGGGGAUUGGUGCACUGGGGUCUGGAGGCGCUGUGGUCCCAGGAGUAGAAGAGUCUAAUCUCAGGGCCUUAACCUAUUCAGGAGUAAGUAGAGGAAAUGCCAAAUACGUCUCUCUCUCUUUUCCUUUUUUUUGCUCAUUUGUUUUUGAAAAAAAAAUAAUAGAAUUACAACACAUUGUUGUUUUUAACCUUUAUAAAAAGCAGCUUUUUGUUAUUUCUGGCGUGGUGGGGAGAAAAGACUAGGCACUUAAGAGACUGUCUUGUGCCCUUAGGUGGCGUCACCAGAUACAGUUUUUAUUUGAUUUCCCAGGGAAAGACUCCCACACGUGUACGAAUGUAAACUCCUUUGGAGAAGAGGGUUGAGGGUCGGACCCUGUCUGGCUUGGGCGCAGCCCCUGCUGCGGGCUUCCCCACUGGGAGAAGGAGAGCAGCAAAGGCCAUCUCUAGAAAUCAGAACCUGGCUUCUGCUUCUGCUCAGGGUGUCCCGCUGUGUCCCACCGUCUGUUUCCCCACACAGCCCUCCCCUCUCGGCCGGCCUGCCCGCCCUGCCCGCCUCGCUCCAUCCCCACUCAGGGUCCCCUGGGGCCAGAGGUCGCCACAGGGCGGCCGCCGGCCCUCCACCCAGGCCUCGAGACCCAGACGGAGCAGGUUCCGCUCGGCCCAGAAUAGGAAUGCCGUCUCGGCAGAAAUCCCCCUGUUGGAAUGUGUUGCUGUUGAAGUUAGGGAAAACGUCAAGGAGGUGAUUCAUUCUUUGUUGGUUUUUCACAUUUUACUUCUUUUCUAAGUAACCGUCUUUGCAUCCCGCGGUUUAGCAGCAUGCAAACAAUUUUUUCUUUGGAGGUGAUUUUUGGGAAGGCAGAGCUCCUGUGAAAAAUCAAACUCUUCGUGGGAGGUGGGGGUGGCCAGGGUGUGCGUGCGUCUGCAGCUCUGCAGCGCCGGGCUCAUCUGGAAAUGCUUGGUUUCUUUUCAGUUCCUAUUCAGCAGCAACAUACAGCCUGACCCAGUGCCAGGCUCGUCCGCCUGGUGGGCAGUUGCCGUGAGUGAGGCAGCGGGCAGGGCCGCAGCUGCCCUUGAGCCGCGGGUCUGCACUGAAGCGGCCCUCCUGGGCACUUGGCCUCGGCUCCACCGUCCCCCCUUCCUCCCCCUCCCCUGCUUGGACGACCAGACCCACAGCCCAGUUCUGAGAGGGCACAGGAGGGUGUGCCCGUGGCACGGGGCAGGGCAGCCUGGAUGGGCAGCGGGACGAGCCUCACAUGGGGCCUUCAGUGGGUGGCACACAGAGUCCUUGCCACCGCCGUCCUGGGAGACUGCCCGUGUGAGCCCCUCUCCACUCCAUGUUUAUUUUUACAUUGUUUCCCCGAGGGCAUCCACAGUGCACUAGCAAAUUCUUAAACCAAUAAUAGGUUCCAGUUUUUUGAUGUCAGCCUUGCACCAAGGGCUUUAUCCAGAAGUACAGCAGUGGACCCUCAGGUCGGGCUGGGAAUGGAGGACUUUGCUGUGAGCCUCUGCAUAGACCAGUGCCCAGUGGGAGGAUGGCUGGGAGCUGUCGUGUCGCGAUGCUGCGGGGAGCUUGAGAGGAAGUCUGCGUGUGUUCAUAGAGCAAGGGGAUAAUGAUAAUGGACACUUGGCUAUUUAAGACAUGGUGUGAGGUUCCUUUGUCCCGGUUCCUCACCUCCCCAGUUAUCUGUUCAACCUUGAUCUCAGCCACCACUCCCCCUGUGUGUAUUAGGAUGCAUGUCCCGUCUUCCUGUGUCCCCAUCAGAUACAGCGUGCUUGGAAUACUUAGCGCUCUGCUGACUAGCGUGCCCCGUGUACAAGUCCAGUUUCCCUUUGCACGGUCUGAUCAUUACGUGGCUGUGGUUCCUAAGACUGUUGCUGAAAUAGUCGCCAUUCAGCAGUGGAAUGACGUUUUCCAGUAACAGAUAGUUGUGUAAUUCCUGGCGCGACACUCGGGUGACUUCCUAGUGAGGCCCAGCCCGUCCUGCUCCAGCAGGGUCCACUGCAGCUCAGACAUUCCGAGGGUGUGGGAGCCAUGGCGACACCUGCAGUCUGGACAUGUAGGGAAGCAGGGUCCUCCCUCCCGCCCGCACACCCACACACACACACACACACACACAGCUGUGGGAUCUGGACAUGUAGGGAAGCAGGGUCCUCCCUCCCGCCCGCACACCCACACACACACACACACACACACAGCUGUGGGAUCUGGACAUGUAGGGAAGCAGGGUCCUCCCUCCCGCCCGCACACCCACACACACACACACACACAGCUGUGGGAUCUGGACAUGUAGAGAAGCAGGGCCCUCCCACCCGCCCCCCCCCCACACACACACACACAGCUGUGGGAUCGGCCUCCACUGCACCCAAGUUCACACUCACCUUGAGCGGACCGUGAUUUGGAACCAAGGCAACUGUCGGAAACUGCCCUUCCUGAGACAGCCUGGACGACGGUCCCUUCAAGUUGGCCUGUGGCCCUCUAGGGCCAGGGGCCUUGCUGCACGAGGCGUCUGCCCCCACCUCGAACUCUGGGGACUGAUGGUGCUCAGGACUCCGCCUGCGUGGGGGGAACCUAUGACCUCCACAUUCAAUAGCUUUUUUUACCAAGAAAAAAAAGGCAGCUGUAGCUCACGAGCUGCUCUUUUGCCAGCAUUUUCACAUUUUUGCCUUUCACGUGUUAGAAGCUCUGCAAGAAGUUACCAUGGGGGGGCAUCUGCGGUGUUGCCCGCAGGCCUUGGUGAGGUGCGGAUGAGGCUGGGGGCCAGGCUGUAAGCGUGUGUGAGCUGGGCUUGUGCGUCUGUUCUGUUAGGUCCUGUAUGUGUAUGUAGUAGUUUGGGUGUGUAUAUACAGUAGCAUUUCAAAGUGGAUAUACUGGUUUAACCUCCUGUCCUUGGAAAACAGAUGGCUCUGCGUCCUGUCGCCCGUAUGUUAGAGAAGUAGUGAGCUGCUCUGCUAUAUGCCUUAAGCCAACAUUUACUCAUCAGGUCAUUAUUUUUUACAAUGGCCAUAGAAUAAACCAUUUUUACAAAAAUAAAAACAAAACAAACAGCCAGGUGUUUUGGUAUAAUACCUUUCCAGGUGUGUGUAUACGUGGGUGCAUGACGGGGGUGGGGGGCGCGUCUCAGGGUCUUCUGUGACCUCACAGAACUGUCAAACUGUACAGUUUUCCAAUUUGCCAUAUCAAUGAUGGUUUGCAUUUUAGUUGCAACAAUAAAAAUCUCUUUUUCUAAAGAA